CCCGCUUAUUAGGCCCGAACCACCAAAGGUCUAUCUAUGAUGAGUGGAGUUGAACACCUUUUUGAUGGUCAUCAUGGGCUACGAAGAUUUUUUCUCAUCUAGAGAUUUCUUCACAACUGUCCAUCCGUCCAGAAAUGGUACGGUUCUUUACCGGGUGGAAGCAUUGAAAACUUCCCGAAGCUUACACGAAGGUUCCUCUUGGCUCUCUACAUCUAAUACUCCGUAAUGCGAGGACUCGUCAACGCCGGACUAGCCCCAACGUCAAGGGGUCGGUGACUUUGGCAAACGGUUCACCCACCCGCCCGUUUCACAUUAGCAGCACACCAGGUCUGACCCGCUCAACGACCCGUUCAAAUUCCCAAAAACACCCACUUCACUGCAGUCUAUAAAAUUGGGUUCAUUCCCAGCAUUAGGAAUUUAUCAAAAUUUAAGAACCGUAUUGUACAUUUUCAAUUGAGAUUUUUUAAAUGGCAAGAAAGGUGAAUAUGGCUUUAGUUAUGGCUAUGCUAUUCGUUGCAACCUUGUUGCGUAGCUCCGCCGCCCAGAGCAACCGAGCACCGGCGUCGGCUCCGGCGGCGUCACCGGGCACCUCCUCUUCUGGCGGAGGACGGCAAACCUUUACGGUUGGAGAUGGUUCGGGUUGGAUUAUCCCUCUCAGUACAAACUUUUACCAAACUUGGGCUGCAAAUAAGACUUUCAGAGUCGGCGACUCCUUAGUGUUCAACUUUACAAAUAUACACAAUGUGGCUGAGGUGAACAAGGCAUCUUUCACCUCAUGCAGCAGCAGCAACUCAACACCUACAACAGUCAGCCCAUACAGGAAAACCCUCACCGCCCCCGGCGAGCAUUUCUACAUCUGCACAGUCGGUACUCACUGUUCCCUUGGCCAGAAGCUCGCCAUCAAUGUCACUGCCGCCGGCACGCCCUCAUCGGUCCCCGCACCCGCCGGUACCCCGCCUUCCGUCCCUACCUUGUCCCCGCCCUCCGUCGCUGCUGCACCUUCAUCCGACCCUAGCAGCGGCCCUUCCGCCACAUCUCCAGCUGCACAGCCUAGCACCGCUGCGCCGCUUAUGGCUGUUGCUGCCUUGCCGGUCACUUUGUUGUCUCUUGCCUUGGCUCUUGGGUAUUAGAAAUAUACUACGUAGACAAUACACAGUAUUUGUAUUUAUUAUAUUCACAAACUUUUUUGUGAGGUUCAUAACUUUUGACUUUUCUUGAACUUUUUAUACGGUGUAUCGAUUUUACUUUAUUCCAGUAAUAAUAACGCCAUUUCCUUAUUUAGCUCAUAAA